AUGGUGGGCAGCUUAAUGUAUCUCACGGCAACACGUCCUGAUUUGAUGUUCGUGGUCAGUCUCAUUAGCAGAUUUAUGGCAAGUCCCACUCAGUUGCAUUAUGUAGCGGUAAAGAGAAUCAUGCGGUAUUUGAAGGGAACAAUAAACUAUGGUAUUUGGUACAAACAAGGAGAAGGAAGUGAUCUCGUAGCUUAUACCGACAGCGAUUAUGCUGGAGAUAUUGAUGAUAGUAAGAGUACAUCAGGUUAUGUAUUUCUAAUGGGUGGAGGAGCUGUAGCUUGGUCCUCACGAAAACAACCUAUUGUGACUCUUUCGACUACUGAAGUAGAAUACGUGGCAGCGGCUACAUGUGCAUGUCAAGCUAUUUGGAUGAGAAGAAUAUUGGAAGAAAUCAGUCAUGCACAAGUUGGAGAAAUAGUGAUGUUAUGUGACAACACAUCUACUAUUAAACUGUCGAAGAACCCGGUCAUGCAUGGACGGUCUAAGCACAUAAGAGUUCGAUAUCAUUUUCUAAAGGACUUAGCCAAAGAAGGUGUUAUCAAAUUGGUUUAUUGCAGCAAAGAAAUGCAGCUGGCAGACAUGAUUGACGAAGGCGUUAAAGUUGGCAUCAUUUCAGAAGAUUCGAGAAGCACUUGGGAUGAGCAUUGGUGA